UGCAGCUGGGUCAUGGAGCAGUGUGGUCACCAUCAGUAGCCACUGAUGGGCUUGCUGUUUUAGAUGAUGUCUGAGCUAGCAGGCAUAGACAUUCCCACUGUACCCAGAACAGACUCUCAGAAGGAUGGGUUGGACCCAGGAGAGCCCAGUGGCUAAGGAAAAGGGAUCUCCCAGGGCAUACCCACAAGCACCCUCCAGCAAAACCAUCAAGUGAAACCCCCACUCCCACCAGGCUGAGGAAGCCCUCCAUGCUACCACCUUCAUCUGGGUCUCCCAUUGUCCUCUGGAGUACUAGCUCAAGCCAGCCUCUCACAGCUGUCUCCUCCACACACCUCACGAGGCCAGCCCUCUAGUGGUGAGAAACUUGGUGUUGACUCACUGCCUAAGGAGUGGACAGAGGCUGGGAAACUGUGUUCCAGAUGCCAGGUGGCCCCCAGCAACCAGAGCCCUCUCCUUGCUAGCUCUCUGCUGUAAUCAGCUGGCAGACACAAGCCCUGGCUGACAGCGAUAAGGACUGGGGACCAGGAGCUGUGCCAACAUCACUCCCCAGCUUUGUAGCUGAGGCCCCACAGUCUCUGGGCUUGCCGCAACAUCUGCACACAUAUUUAUGUGUUGUCACAGGCUUUGGCCAGGCCCUGGCCACCUGCAGCUUCCCUUCGGCCACCUCCUAACCUACCCUGGCUCCUAUGGCUGAAGGGGCCCAGAGUGCACUUUCUCAGGGGGUGCUGCUCUAGGAUCCCUGCCUGGGCCACCCUGUCCUGUUCUCCUUUCUUGUCAGCAAAGAGCACGUUCAAGUCGGCUCCACUCCUGCGUUGUGCAUGGCCCUGGGGAGUGAAGAUGGAAGCCAUCAGCAGUAUUGCACCUACCCUGGAGCCAUGGUCCACGCCUUCCUCAUUCACACCUUGAGGGCCCCGAAUACUGAGGACACGGGACUUUGCCGAGUGCUCUACUCCUGCGUCUUCGGUGCUGAGAAGUCGCCUGAUGACCCACAGCUGCAUGGUGCCGAAAGGGACAGGCUUCUCCGGAAGGAACAGAUUUUAGCUGUGGCCAGGCAGGUGGAGUCAAUGUGCCGGCUGCAGCAGCAGGCAUCCGGCCGGCCCCCCAUGGACCUGCAGCCGCAGUCCUCAGAUGAGCAAGUGCCGCUGCAUGAGGCCCCACGUGGGGCCUUCCGCCUGGCAGCAGAGAACCCUUUCCAGGAGCCACGGACAGUGGUGUGGCUGGGCGUGCUCUCAUUAGGCUUUGCCCUGGUGCUGGACGCCCACGAGAACCUGCUGCUGGCUGAGGGCACGCUCCGGCUGCUGGCACGCCUCCUCCUUGACCACCUUCGGCUGCUGGCGCCCAGUACCAACCUCCUGCUUCGGGCUGACCGCAUUGAGGGCAUCCUCACCCGCUUUCUGCCUCAUGGUCAGCUGCUUUUCCUCAAUGACCAGUUUGUCCAAGGCCUGGAGAAGGAACUCAGUGCUGCUUGGCCCCGCUGAUUCCUCUUUGGGAUGGUGCUUCUGAGGGCAGGCAGAGGGUGGACACACAGCCAGAUGAAGCUUGGCAUCUACUGCCUGCUCCCAGUUCUGAUGUACUGCUAUACCAGGACAAGUAGGCGACACAAGCCUGCAGAAAGGGGGCUGGGCAGAGGGUGGAGGAGGUCCUGCCUAUCCUCAGGUUAGUGGAACCACAGAACAUCCUGAGCCUAGAGCUGCUGUGUAACUUAGACCACUGCAGUGGGGCAGCCACGCUUGUCCUUGACCCCGCCUUCCUCCAUCCCUGCCAGUCCUAGUGCUAGGGUAGGGAGCUGACUGGAACUCAGCCCACUCUUCUCCUUCCAAACCCACAGUCAAGGCCGGGCAUGGUGGCUCAUGCCUGUAAUCCCAGCACUUUGGGAGGCUGAGGUGGGUGGAUCACCUCAGGUCGGGAGUUCGAGACCAGCCUGGCCAACAUAGUGAAACCCUGUCUCCACUAAAAAUACAAAAAAAUUAGCUGGGUGUAUGGCACCCACCUGUAAUCCCAGCUACUCAGGAGGCUGAGACAUGAGAUUCACUUGAACCUGGGAGGCAGAGGUUGCAGUGAGCUGAGAGUGUGCCACUUCACUCCAGCCUGGGCAACAGAGUGAGACUCCGACUCAAAAAAACCACUCAACCCACAGUCAUCGAAACACAAGGGGCCUCAGACUCCCCUGAGAGUGGAGGAGCUGUGCCUGCAUGCUGGCAGGCCCCAGCCCCUGGCUUUGUGCCCACUUAGGCACUAUUAUCAACAAGGUCCUGCUCAGUGUCUGGCCCCCAAAGAGUUCAGAAAUGCAUCUGUCAAUCAGCAGCAGGAUUCUGCAGCUCCUUUUAUGCCAAGCCCAUGCCCACCAGGCAGGCUCUAGAUAAAAUCAUCACAGCCUUCCCUCGUCUGCAGGGAGAGAAGGUGCUGUCAGGUGAAUGUGAGCAGUCUAGCCUGGAUGAUGUAUUUCUCAUUUUGAAUUAAAAGCACUGGCUGUGUGAUUUCACCCUC